AUGACAAUGACCACCACCGUUUUGAUGCAAGUUAACCAAAUGAUGCUGUGGAUAAUUUUAUUUAUUGGGGUGAACAUAUUCACAUUCAUUUUAUGGCUGUGCCUUUUACUUCUUGCUCAAAUUAAACGGACAAAUAUAGAACAGCCAGUCCUCAUCGUCACUGCGCAUCCAGAUGAUGAAUGUAUGUUCUUUGCCCCGACUAUACUGAAAUUAGUAAAUAGCGGAUACAACGUCGACCUGCUGUGCUUUACCACUGGGAAUUAUGGUGGAGUUGGUCAUGAAAGGAAGCGUGAACUGGACGUUGCAGUGAAGAAAUUGGGAAUCCGACGUUCAACCAUUAUUGAUUCAGAUACAUUUGAGGAUGAUCCUAGUUCAUUUUGGCCAACAGAGGAAUUAAUUGAUAUUGUCUGUCAAACAUGUCAUAAGUUCCGUUCUCGUUCUGUGAUAAUUAUGUUCAUUUGGUUUAAUUCUAUACAAUAUGAACACUUUAUUUAUCUUGCAUGA